AUGAGCUCAGAUCUGCGCAGCAGCAACACCACAUUGAGCGGUGGCGACAAUGCCGACAUUAAAAAGGAAAGCAUAUUGGAGCGUUUAAACAAGCGCAAUAAAGAACGGCAAAAUUACUUAGAUGUAAAAUUAGAGCAACGUAACAAAGAGAAUGUGCAAUUGGAAGGUGUCGAUUAUUUCGCUCAAACGUUUGCGGAGCAAGUACGCGCAAUAGAAGAACUGUUGCAAAGUGCAACGGCAGUAGCUGCAGAUGCAAAAAGACCGAAUACCAAGACUAACAGCGCCGAUUUGACACGUGUCUUCGCCGACAUUACACUACAAAUACAAGAGCUGCAACGCUACCUAACCACAUCCACUAUGUUUCUGACAGAUUUUAAAAUCAAAGCCUGUCAGAAAGUACUCAAUGAUUUAAGUAGCAGCUGCGAAGAGUCCCGCUUGCGUUUAAUACCAAAAAAGAAGUUUGGAUUCAGUGGUAAAAAAGUAGCACCGAAAGUAUUAGUUAAUCCAAGAGUUGUAAACCUUUCUUCCGAUAAGGUGGAUAUGCCAGAAAAGACAAAAGCUGAUAGCACUGCAUUCACUUGGACCUUGGCAAAUAGAGAAAAUGAAUACAUUUGCCUGGAAGAUGAUGCACUCAAUGGCAAAGAUAUAACUGUUUCCAACUUGAAGCAUUGUUUUGUGGAGUUACGCGGGUAUGCAGGAUCAGUACAGAUUUCCAAUGCCACCGACUGCACAUUCCUCUGUGGUCCCAUUGCACGUUCACUUUUUGCUGAAUACUGCGAACGCACAACGUUAGCUCUGGCUUGCCAACAGUUGCGAUUACAUUCGUCGAACACUUGUCGCAUAUACCUACACGUCACAUGUCGUGCUAUCAUUGAAGACUGCACACAAAUCGAAGUAGCCGACUAUAAUUAUGAUUAUGCUACAAUCGAUGCUGAUUUUAAAUUGGCUGGUUUGGAUCGAUCACAGAAUAACUAUACAGAUGUGGCGGACUUCAAUUGGUUGUCACCGGAUGUACCUUCACCGAACUGGACGCUAAUCCAACAUUCAACCACACCGAAUUGGAAUGAGCUGCGCAAACAAAAACAACAAACGACGUCUCCCUUAUAGUGUAAAUUAGAAAACCAGCAGCAAAAUAAGAGGGAUGUCCACAAUUGGCAGCUACCCUGCAUAUGGGUGACUUUGACUUCGCUUCUGCUACUAAUCCUAGUCGAGUUAUUUCCACUCAUCAAAGCAAUUGUACAAAAAAUGGUUUGUCUUUUGAAAAUGUUACCUGUAGCAGGGCCAGUUGUUGCUGAAUGCAUGGAGCCGUUGCUGCAGUAAUCCAUACAUAUAAUACUUAGUAUACAUAUACAGGGCACUAUUUUGUUCAUUCAAUAUAUAGUUUGCUUUAGAAUGGGGUUUUGUAAGAGCAUUUUUUGUAUGUAUGUCGUGAAACUUAUACGUAAAAUUGAUUUGUAAUGACUUACGCUGUUAACAUGAAGAUUAGUGAGUUCACAUUUUUGUAAAUCUGCAAAAUUGAAACUUGAAUGAAAAGGAACACUUUCAAUUUAUUCACUAAAUAAAUGAUUACUUAAAUACUAA